AUGUUUGACAAGUCAUCGGGCCAGGUCUACAGAGAAUGGACGGUCCCGCGACAGAGCCUCACCGUCCAUGGUGGCGACCGAGAUUGGUCCCGUCGGCGACCGUAUCCUUUAUUCACUCCUCGAGGGACAAAAGGUCCCCGAUCACUGAUUGACAUGGCAACUCAUGUUAUUGCCAACAAUAUUGGAGACGUGACGGAACGCCAUCUAGACGCAAUGCCUAUCCGGCUACUUUGGCGCAUCUGGCUGUUGCUCGAAGCAAGGGGUGUUUGCCUGCAUGCAUGGAAACUGUUCUCCAAAAUCUUGGUAGCAGACGAUGAGGACAAGACUCUCGGAGUAUAUCGGUUCAGGCAACACAUAUGCCACCCGGCAGAAGAGCUCAAGAUCUACACCCAGCCUUUGAUAUCCUCAUCAACCGACUUCAUUGCGCAUCUGGUCAUCAGCGGCGGCUGCCAGUUUACCACCCGUGAACUGCUUUGUCUCGCGAGUAUGAAGAGUCUCGGGGUGUUGGAGCUCAUCCAACCAGCUGACGAGGUGCGAGCUUCGUUCCCCGAGGUCAGCGAUAGGCUCAUACGUGGUUGGGCCGAGGUGGAAAAUCCGUUCCCACUCCUGCGAGUAUUGCGCCUCUGGAGGGACCAAGAUGCUACGCAGGAGUCACUUCGCUGGGUGACGAAAUUUCCAUCAUUGGCAUUGUACGAUGUCAUGGCCUCUCGAGGCGACUGGCCAGAUCCAUCCGGUUCUGCUCUUGAGCAUGGCUGGGAGAUGGCCGGUUCCGCCAGCGGCACGGAAGACUCAUUACUGCGAUAUCUGAUGCUCUUUGCACCGCUUGAGCAGAUUCGAAGUAGUCGCCUGAGAGAUCUCGCGAGGAGAGUAGAGGCAGACUUGUCUUCUCUCUGCGGCGACUCUCGCUGUGCUGUAAAAUUCGUCACAGACCGUCAAGCUCCGCCUUUAUUGGACUACCUGACAGAUACCGCAAAGGCUUACCUCCCUACCUGGGAUAUAGAAGCUUCUUUGAGAGACGUAGGGUCUUGCCACGGAAUCACAUUCGAGGCAUGGGCCUUUUGGCUGUACGCCUUCAUCGGCCAGCUGGGCGGAGACGAGGACUUGAGAUCCCGUGGCGUUCAGUCCGAUACUCAAGCUGUUGUCGGACCAUUCAUUUUGCCCUCAAAACCAUUCGCCAGCUUAUUUCUAGGGCACAACGGUCGUGGCGGUAUCACCAACACUCCAUCCUACGUCAGCCGAGGACUUUUUGCAACAAAGCGAAUGACAUUCACUCGGCCUCCCAACUUGCGAGGCCAAGAAGAACCCCGUUUACCACAGAAGAUGUCGAGGAAGACAACAAACUUGGCGUGGGGUGAGCAAGUGGAACAUUCAUUGCGCAGUAAAAAGAGACAGAGACUGGAUGAUAUUUUACAGUCGCUAAGUAAAUAA